GGUUCUCAUCAUGUUCAUCCUCAGGAGAGUCGGCGGCCUAGAAGGGGUAAAGAAUCGUACGCAGUAACUACAGCAACACCCUCAAGCUUUGAUACGGUGUCAAAUGCUUCCAGCAUGGGAAGGAAUUCAAGUUUCAUGUCCGAUGCGUCUUACUACAAACAGAGCAGAUCUAAUGCUUCCAGCAUGGGAAAUAUUUCACGUACAGGAAGUUGUGAGUCGCUUCCAAGCUCUCGAACAAACACCUUUGACUCCCGAUCAGACGCUUCCAGCUCGAUGACAACUGCUGACGUGCUUUCACGUUGUGCAAUUCCAAGUUAUAGAACCAACACCACUGACUUCCGAUCAAACGCUUGCAGCUCGAUGAAAAGAGCUGAAUCGCUUUCACGCUGUGCAAUCCAAAGUGUUGGUUCUAGAUCCAGUAGUCCUGCAUCGGAGGACACUUUUAGUCGAAGAGCUUUUCUGGCGCGUGAUGAUGUUCCAGCAAAUCGACACCUUUACCCUCCUGAGUGGCUUAGGGGAAUCAACAGAGACAGAGGGGGGCAGCAUUUACGCAGUAGUGCAUACAGCACAGUGUUACAUAAGGCAAACGCUUCAAAUACUGGUGCUUCUGGAUCAUGGGAUGUCCAAGUGAAUAGGCAGCGUAGAAUGAUGCCAUAUUAUCCGAGAAGCAGUUUGGAUCAUUUUAACGUCACAUUCGAGCCACAAAUACAAUGGCCAGGGUAUUGGUCUCCUCCUUCAGCUGCGGUUCUCAAGAUUAAUUGUGCAGGGGCAUUCUCAGCUUCCUCUCACCAGGCAGGUUUUGGGGCAGUGAUAAGAACCCAAGAAGGCUAUUUUCUGGCAGCUUCUUCGGGGAAGCUAGCAGCAUGUGAGGAGGCUAUAGUUGCAGAAAUUAGUGCUAUCAAGGAGGGUUUGAGGUUAGCUGAUUGGAUGAAGUUACAGGAGGUAGAGGUUAGGUCUGAUUCUUUGUUUGUCAUUACGGAGUUGCAGAAGCCUGGUAAUAGCUGGCUUGCUUUUCCUUAUCAUCAAUUGUUGAAUGAGGUUAAAGGAAUUGUUGCAACUUUCAGGAAUUGCAAAUUUUUGCAUGUCGGGCAGGAGGCAAAUUCUGUUGCUCAUUGGCUGGCCAUGUAUGGCUUCUUUGUGGAAACUAUCCAGUCAUGGUUUUAUACUGCUCCUAAUUUUCUCUUGCCUGCUUUACAACAGGAUGUAUAUUCAGGUUAUACUUAUUGA